AUGGAGAAGUUUGAAGAGACAGAUAUUGUUCAAGACUCUGAUGGCACAGUGACGCAUGUUGACCUGGGGUCAAUCACAGACAAGGAAAAUGGCGUUGAGCCCAUUGCACUGACCGUGAAACAUUUCUUGGCUCUCGGCAAUGGCGAACAAUAUGACCCUCAGUCUGCAAGAAUUGUGAUGGACAAUGUGACCGUUGAAGGCAGCGGCACAGGCGUGAUUGGAAUACUGACAGGCGAGAAGGCCCUUCCGGCCCCUAGUAUCGUGACAGAGGCAAAGUCGGGCUUUGGUCUGAUUGAGCCCAUUACAAGCAGGGUGCAUCGUCCGUCAUCCCGACCCAUUUUGCGAAAUUUCUCUGCCGCCAUUCACCCAGGGGAGAUGGUUUUGGUGAUUGGAAAACCUGGAAGUGGCUGUACCACCUUCUUGAAGACCCUUGCUGGUAUGUGGGAUGAGUACAAGGGAGUGUCAGGCAACUUGACUUUCGGGGGGCAACCCAUGAAUUCCGUCAUCGACGAACAUCCUCAGGAUGUUGUUUUCUGUGGCGAGUCGGAUGACCAUUUCCCAACUUUGACUGUUUUCGAGACUCUGCGAUUUGCAGUCAGGGCUCGAUGUGGGCCUAAGCCAUCAUCUUCAGAGAUCGAACAGCGAGUCAGGUAUCUAGCCCAAUUGGUCGGACUGACGAAGGUUUUGGACACUAAAGUCGGCGAUGCCUAUAUCCGAGGAGUCAGUGGAGGAGAAAGACGACGUGUCUCAUUGGCCGAGGCACUGGCGACAUGCGCACGGUUGAUUUGCUUGGACAACCCCACCAAUGGCUUGGACGCGUCCACGGCGCUCGAAUUCAUGGAGAUGAUGCGGGAGUGGACGCAACAGUCUCAAUGUGUGACUGCCAUGAGCGUCUACCAAGGCAGUGAUGCGAUUGUCCCAUACUUUGACAAAGUUGUUGUCAUCAAUGCAGGACGCCAAAUAUUCUAUGGCAAUAUUCAAGAAGCCAAAGAGUACUUCCUCAGUCUCGGUUUUGAGUGUUCAUCCGGAACCACCACCACCGACUUUUUGAACUCCAUGUCUGCCGAUCCUGAAGUCCGCCGUGUACAUGAAUGUUACCGAGAUCGCACACCUCGCACACCCGACGAGUUCCAUAGUGAAUUCCGGCGCAGUGCUCACUUCGAGAAGCUCCAAUCUGCCGUGAAGAGGGCUAACUCUCUUCCUAAUGUUGUUCGUCUGACCAAGUCCGACCAAUAUGCUCUACCACUAUAUCAGCAGAUUGCCUAUUGCAUGACGCGCCAGGUGCGCAUCAUCCAGCACAACUACAGCACCUUGCUUGUAGAAGCUCUGUGUAUUGUCGUUCAGAGCUUGAUCCUGGGAACGUUGUUCCGGAACCAAAAGCGGGACACCGGCUCUUUGUUCAUCUUCGCAUCCGCUCUCUUUUACUCGGUCCUUGUUCCAGCUUUGCAGGCUAUGGCAGAGUUCCGCAGCACUUUUGCGCAGCGGCCACUCAUUCUCAAGCAUAAACGGUACCGUCUAUACCGACCUAUGGCUUAUGGCUUCGGAUUGAUCUCCGUGGAUAUCGUCUGGAAGAUCUUCGUUGUUUUCUGGAAUCUUCCUCUGUAUUUCCUCACCGGAUUUCAGCAGAAUGCCACAAAUUUCUUCAUCUGGUUUGUCGUGGUGUAUAUCGAACAUCUGGCCUUGUCCAUGUUCUUUCGCUCGGUGGCCGUGUUCUCAUCAAACAUGCACCGUGCCGUGCUCCCCGUCGGAAUCUUCUUCAACAUGUACGUCCUGUAUACGGGCCUUUACGUGCCAGUACCCCAGAUGCAGGCGUGGUUGGGCUGGUUAAGAUAUCUGAAUCCGCUGCACUACGGUUUCGAAUCUGUCAUGAUCAACGAGUUCGCCGAUCUGAUGUACGAGUGCAGCACAUCGGAUUUGGUUCCAUCAGGCCCUGGAUACACCAACCUUGCCAACCAAGUAUGCGCUGUGGUAGGUUCUCAGCCUGGCCAGCGACUCUUGUCCGGAAUGUCGUAUAUCGAGGUGCAAUAUGGGUUUGAAAGAGCCAAUCUUUGGCGGAACGUUGGAAUAAACGCUGCAAUCUUCAUUUCCUUUGCCUUUGCUUCAGCUAUUGGCAUGGAACGCUUGAAGCAACCAGCAGGUCGCCUUGCAACCACCUUCUACCGUGGCUUGAACCCAAACAAACAUUCUGCACUCCCAGGUUCAAAGUCGUCCGAUCAAGAGAGCGGAUCUGUGGAUCUCGAUGCUCCUCCGAUGCAGAGUGAAGAUGCUGUCCGCGGUCCAAGUGUCACCAUCGAAUACCAGUCCCGCAGCCUGACCUGGAAAGAGCUCAACUUCGACGUCAAGACCAAAGAUGGCGAGAAGCGCCUUUUGUCUAAUUUGCACGGUUCCGUCUACAGCGGUCAGAUGAAAGCGCUAAUGGGUGUGUCUGGCGCUGGUAAGACUACUUUGCUGAAUGCCCUAGCAGGUCGAUCAAAGGGAACGUUGACAGGUAAACUGGAGCUUAAUGGACAACUUUUACCCAAGUCCUUCAACCGACACAUGGGGUAUGUACAACAGCAAGAUAUUCAUCUUCCUACUCAAAGUGUACGAGAGGCAUUGCAGAUGACCGCUCGAUUACGCCGAUCCCAGGAUGUCUCACUUGAAGAGAAGGAUGCCUAUGUUGAAGAAGUGAUCCGUUCGCUGGACAUGGAAUCGAUCGCAGAUGCCUUGAUCGGGACCCCUGGAGCUGGGCUCAACCUGGAACAGCGCAAGAAGGUCAGCAUUGGUGUAGAGAUGGCUCCGAAGCCGGACAUUCUCUUCUUGGACGAACCUACUUCUGGCCUCGAUGGACAAUCAGCUUACUCCAUUGUUCGACUGCUACGACGUCUCGCAGACUCUGGACAAGCAAUCAUCUGCACAAUUCACCAGCCUGCUGCUGACCUGAUUUCGACUUUCGACGAACUCUAUCUAUUAACCCGAGGUGGAAAAGUAGUGUAUGACGGCCCAUUGGGAGUGGAUUGUUGCCAGGCUGUCGCUCAUUUUGCCCCACAUGCUCGCCCAUAUCGCGAGGGAGAGAAUCCUGCGGAAUACCUUCUGGAGGUAAUUGGCGCUGGCAGCCGUCAAGACGUCCAGACAGACUGGGUAGAAAUCUGGAAACAGAGCCGUGCCGACAAAUUAGGCGGCCCAGAUAUGCAUGCAUCUUCUGAUACUGAUAGCUUGGUCGCUGGUGAGGUACACUCUUCGAGGUCGCUUUACGCUGCCCCAUUCCAUUACCAACUGCGCGUAUUGCUCAAACGUACGUGGCUUUAUUACUGGCGGGCGCCAGAAUAUGCUCGUGCCAAGCUAUGGCUGAACGCCGCUAACGCAUUGCUCAAUGGAAUGACGUAUCUCAACUCGCCUUUGACGCAGCGAGGUGCAUACAAUCGUGUGUUCUCAUCAUUCAUGUCCCUGAUUGUCGGCCCGCCACUAGGCCUGCAGGUGCAACCACGGUUUGUGACAUUGCGAAACAUCUUCGAGCACCGGGAGCGAGAAAGUCAAACCUACCACUGGAUGGCAUUUAGUUUCUCGGCUAUUCUUGUCGAGCUUCCGUAUGCUUUCGUCACCUCACUUGUAUAUUGGCUACUGUGGUACUUCCCCGUGGGUUACUUCCGAGACUCCAAUCAUGCAGGAUACAGUUUCUUGAUGUAUCAGCUUUUCUCCGUGUUCGCCACUAGUUUGGCUCAGCUGUGCGCCUCGUUGAUGCCUACUGUCGAAGCCGCUCUUUCGGCCAAUGGCUUCUUUUUCAUGUUUUGCAAUACAUUCGCCGGCACCUUAUCUCCGGAGCCGGUGACGCCAGCAGGUUGGAGUUGGUAUUACAAAGUUUCACCCCUCUUUUACAUGAACGAAGGCGUUGUGGUGGAUGUUCUGCAUGAUCUGCCCCUCCAUUGUGCAGAUACGGAGGUGUCCGUUUUCCAGUCACCCAGUGCCACGACCUGUUACCAGUAUGCGGCAUCCUUCCUUCAGAAUGCUACAGGGUUCCUGGUCAACCCCAACAGUACUACCAACUGCGAGUACUGUCCAUACAAGAACGGUCAAGCCUACUACACGCAAUACAACUAUAGCUACAGCAACCGCGGUCGGAAUGUCGGUGUCUUUAUUGGAUUUAUUGCGUUCAAUUUCACAAUGGUACUGGUCAUUACAUACUUGACUCGGGUACGCCGUCGCUGA